GAUACGGAACCGGAAGGAAACUGUAGUUAGAGUGAGAGAGAGAGGAAGAAAAGAGAAAAAGAGAGAUGGCGAGAGAGAAGAAGUGUGUGGAGUGUGGCCAUAAGGUUAAAUCAUUGUUUAUCCAAUACUCUCCUGGGAAUUUUCGCCUUAUGAAAUGCGAGAACUGCAAGGAAGUAGCAGACGAAUAUAUCGAGUGUGAGCUGAUGAUUAUCUUCAUCGACUUGAUUCUUCACAAAACAAAGGCAUAUCGACACUUACUCUACAAUGGGGUUACUCAAGAAACUUUAAAUGUUCAGUUAUCUGAUCCUCAGAGGAUUUCACAAUUUGACAGCAUCUGUUGUGGAAAUUGGUCUUGGCUUAUCUUCUUCUAGAUACAUGUAUCCUUUUGUUUUAUACUAUACUAUAAAGGGCAGAUAUAUAGUAUAUUAUAACUUUUAUUUUGGAGAGCCUUUAACGAUUUCAAAAGAUAGAAGCUUGCUACUGCGAAGAACCAAUGUUGAUGAUUCAAGUGUGUCGAUGUGUCUUGCAUCUCUAGAGAUUCUGGUCAAUGUCCUAUCUACGAAUUUCGCAUUUGUUCUGUCGUUUGCACUUGCGGCUAAGAUUAUGUUGGUUAUGUCAGUUGAUGCCUCCAGAAGAAAAGAGAUUCUUUUGGGGAUCUUAAUCUCGAGUUACGUGAAGAUCUUUCUAUUUGCUAUGCCGGUCUGGGAUAUACCCGUUUCGGUGAUCUUCAUUGUAGAUAUGCUCGUUUUAACAUCAAACGCAGUCGCUCUUAAAGUGAUGACUGAUUCAACGACGAGCAGAUGCUUAGCCGCGUGUUUCAUGGCACACUCGAUUAGAUUCUUGGCAGAUCAAAUCUCUGGGUCAAGGUCCUUGAAACACUUGGGAUCUGUGAUGUAAUCUGCCUCUUCUUUUCAGAAACUUGUGAUUUUCUAAACCGUCCUGAGGGUCCUGAGGCAGUUUGUUUAAUCUUUGCCCAUAUAUGUUCGUAAAGAUAAAUGUAGGAUCUUCAGACACUUUUGUUCAAUUCACUUUGUUUUUUGUU